UACAUUUUCAUGCGCAUUUAGCUCGCUAUGGAGGGGGCUACACGAAAAGGAGGAGAAAUGUUUAGCUACAAAUUGAAUCUUCUCACAUCCGGAGACGCGCUUGAUCGCCCCAUCCGGCCCCUGGGCUUCGAUCUACAGGAGUUGCGUUUUGUCAUCGAGCUGUCGCCGCUGCGUCAUGCGUGCCCCUUCCUGUUUGCCACCGAGAACAUAUACGAGAUCAUGGACGGCUUCAAUUUGUUGAUGGACAGCGAAACGAUCGCCUUUGGUGCCGGCCCCCAGGGCGCCCUGAUGGUGGCCGGGAUGAUGGUGUAUCUGCUGAACCACGCAGAGCUGCAACUGAGCCACGUGAAGCGCACCCUGUUCCUGCAGCGCUGCUUCAACUACAUGGCCUGCACCGAGGAGACGCACGUGAACGAUCUGUGCGUUUACAUCUUGAAGAAGAUCAACAUCAGGGACUCGGACCACAUGCUGAACCUGAUCCUUUGCUGCCACGAUGCCAGCCCCUUGUGCACCAUGGCCCAGCUGGUGUGCAACUGCCUGCUGUGGGCCGUGCUCGACUGGCUGACGGACAUGGGCACGGGCACCCAUCGCCUGCGCCCCUAUUCGGAGCUGAAGCUGGCCAUCAGCCUGGUGAACCCCAGCGUCUGCGUGGAGUCCUUCAUGCACGGCCUCAAUCUGACCGUGCGCGCUGUCUCGGCCCUGCUCGUGGUCGGCCCGUACGGCAACACCGAGCAGAUAUGCCACGAUGCCGGUGUGUCGCCCACCAUGUUCGUGCUGCCCGACGACGAUGCCUCCUUUGUGUUUCGCUGGCUCAGCGCCGUCGUCAACGAGCUGCGCCACAGCAUGGGCCAGGCGGAUGGCCACAUGGAGGAGCGCAUUGCGGUGCUGGAGGUGGCCUGCGAGCUCAUGCUCAUGAUGCACGAGCAUCUCCUGAUUAUUUAUCAGCGCUUGCGCGACCUCGACCCAGAGGCAGAAAUUCUCCCACUGCCCGAGCUACCAGAGCCCGAGAUGGCCGCCAACGCCAACGCCAACGAAGCAGAGAACGAGAACGAGAACAAUUCCGUUUAAUCUUAAUCAAAAUGC